GACCAAUCUACAACCCAACUACAAUCCAAACUACAGAAUGACCCAACAACCGAUCAGCCUCCCUGCCAAGCUCAUCAAUGGCGGAGUUGCGGGACUGGUGGGCGUCACCUGCGUCUUUCCCAUUGAUCUGGCCAAAACCAGACUGCAGAACCAAAGAGGAAGCCAACGGGUGUACAAAAACAUGAUGGACUGUCUGAUAAAGACCGUUCGGUCUGAGGGAUACUUUGGAAUGUACAGAGGUGCAGCAGUCAACCUGACACUGGUGACUCCUGAAAAGGCCAUCAAACUGGCCGCCAACGACUUCUUCCGCCAGCGGCUCAGCAGGGGAGACCUCAAGCUGAGCGUGUUCCAGGAAAUGUUGGCUGGUUGCGGGGCAGGGAUGUGUCAGGUUAUUGUCACGACCCCAAUGGAAAUGCUCAAGAUUCAGCUUCAGGAUGCAGGUCGACUUGUGGCCCAGCAGAGGAACGUACCGAUCCUCCAUACUGUGAAACUGGGAGCGGCCAGUCCAGUCCUCAACUAUUCCUACAGUGUGGGUCCCGUGUCUUCCAUUCGAAAAGUAUCUGCCGUUCAGAUUGCCCAAGAACUAUUUCGCACCAAAGGCAUCCAGGGACUUUACAAAGGCCUAGGAGCGACGCUCAUGAGGGACAUCCCCUUCUCUGUGGUUUACUUUCCAUUGUUUGCCCACAUCAACCAGUUGGGCAAGACCUCUGAGGACAGCGACGUGCCUUUUUACUGGUCGUUUAUUUCGGGCUGUGUGGCUGGAUGUACCGCGGCUGUGGCCGUCAGUCCAUGUGAUGUUGUGAAAACCCGGCUGCAGUCGCUCAAUAAAAGCGCAAACGAGGAUACCUACAAUGGCGUAGUGGACUGCAUCAGAAAGAUAAUGCGUAAAGAAGGUCCGAGUGCGUUCCUGAAGGGAGCCGGCUGCAGGGCGCUGGUCAUCGCUCCGCUCUUCGGGAUUGCUCAAGUGGUUUACUUCAUCGGUGUGGGAGAGUUCCUCCUCGGACAAACCCCAUUCAACCUUUACUCAGUCUAAACCUCUUCACACCACCUGACUUAAUCUUUAAAGACCAACUCGACAAUGAUGCAGCUAAAUUCGUGAGAUCCAACGAGAUCUUAUGACCGUGUGACAAAUUGUACAAGAUGAGCUCAAUGGAAAAAGUUGAUUCAAAUCAGAGAAGGUCAUUUUGCACAGAUGAUGUGUGUGUGUGUUGUUAUGAGAGUGUACUGAGACAUAUUUUUGGAAACACUGUUAAUGGCUCAGACUUUACAUAUGCUAGCUUUAGCAUAUACAACUGGCUUAUUCAUGAAGCUAUAUCAUUGCACAAGAUUACCUUGCUUUUUCUUUUGGAAGUGCAUGGUCAGAGAGUUAUCCUCAGUGAGGGUUGAUUUGAAAACACACGGCCAUGAUACAUGCACAUCAAGGGCCAGAGCAUCAUGUGAUAUCUGUUUCUAUACAUAUGUCCUCUGUUAAUAGUCGUACCUGUCCUGUGAUGUUUUGUAUAUAUUGUUGAGGCGCUGCUGAAUAACGUGGAUAUCAUCUCUGAGGACAUUGUUAUACAAUAUACACGACUCUGCAGAGACGGACAGAAGCAGGAUGUUUGGUUCCGGCUGAAGAGAAACUAGGACUUUACAUUUACAGAAUUAAAAGACGUUCUGUUCAAUCUAA